AUGUUCAGAAUCUCCCCGAUAGGAGACACAUUCUCAUCCUUUCCAGAAGAAGGCGUGGGAAACACCAACAAGAUGAAGAUUCUCCUGGUGGCUCUGGUUCUUGGUCUGGUUUGUGCUGACCAGGAACCCCACCUCGAGGAAGACUGUUCACAGAUUUCAGGAACAUGGCGCUGCAUUUAUUUAGGGUCCAGCAACAAGGAGGUGAUAAAAGAAGGAUUGGGGAACACCAACAAGAUGAAGGUUCUCCUGGUGACUCUGAUACUUGGCCUGGUUUAUGCUGACCCCUUGGAGGAGCCUCUCUUGGAUGAAUAUUGUUCAGAGAUUUCAGGAACAUGGUACACCAUUUAUGAAGCAUCUGCAAACAUAGAGGUGCUAAGUGAGAACAGUCCCUUGAGGGGUUAUUUACGUCUUAUCGAAUGCCUUCCUGAUGGAGAAACACUCUUGGUCAUAUUUUACACCAAGGAAAAUGGCACAUGCCAGCUCUACAACAAACAGGGGCAGAGAAUAGACAAAAACGGGUACACGACAAACUAUGAAGGCAAGGUUGACUUCAGCUUCAUUCAACAAGCAAAGGAUUUCCUACUGAUAUACGUAAUCAACAAGAAUGAAGAAGGGAAUGUCUUCAAAGUAGUUGGCGCCCUAGCCAGAGAAAAAGACAUCAGUGAAGAAAAUUAUCAGGCAUUCUUGGAGUUUGCUGUGGAAAACGGGAUCCCCAAAGAAAAUAUUGUCAAAGUCAUUGAUACAGACACGUGUCCUGAGACGCCCACUUAG